AUGCUAGUCACCCUGUUCGACCCUGACACGCUUCUUCACAACACGGUGGAAUUGUUAGGUUCCAAGCUUAUCCCUGCUCUGGAGUCGCCCAAACGAAUCAAAGUGAUCCUCGAAGCUUUGGGCAUCUCCGGACAUGAGAUACGGCCGAUACGAGCGGGGGCCAGCGGUGGACAAGAACCCGAGGCGCGACUGCUGACACUCACCGCGGACACGCACGACUAUGGUUACUUGCAGCAUCUACGGGAUGUGCACGACGAAUGGGUGGCAGCAGGGUUGAUCGAAAAAAGCGGCCAUGUUCUUCCAGAGUGUUUCUUCCUGCCGACCUCCACGGGAAAGCCUAUGCGACCGCCAAAAGAUCCUUUCGCCCGAGCCGGAUACUACGCCUUUGACAUGAGCUCUGGUAUCAUGUCAGAGAGCUAUCGUGCCAUGGUUGCGUCUGCAAACUUAGCUGUCGAAGGAACAGACAUGUUAUUGGGGUUCCCGGGAAAUGCCCCGGGCUCCAACCCUGUUGAUACAGUACUGGCCCUCUGUCGCCCUCCAGGUCACCACUGUGAUGGCCGCCGAGCCGGAGGGUAUUGCUAUAUCAACAACGCCGCACUGGCGGUGAGUACAUGGCGAUCUGCUCACCCGGAGGCCCACAUCGGCAUUCUUGAUAUCGACUUUCACCACGGUAACGGAACGCAAGAGAUCUUUUACGCCGAUCCUAAGGUCUUGUACACCAGCAUUCACGGUCAAGACGAGUUUCCGUACUAUACCGGAGAUGAGGAGGAGCUGGGCAUCGGUGAGGGCAGCGGGAAGAACUUCAAUUUCCCCCUCAAGGUCGGCAGUUCGGUGGAAGAGUACUUGCAGAAACUUGAACUGGCACUGCAGUGUCUACUGGACUUUGGACCGGAGUUUCUCAUCGUGAGUCUCGGAUUCGACACAUACCAUUCAGAUCCUUUGGGAUAUUUUCAGAUCCAUACAGAAGACUACUCGAUUAUUGCGGAGCGCAUAAGACGGAAUUUGAAGGAUGUGCCGGCGCUCAUUCUGCUGGAGGGAGGGUACGUGAUUGAGCAUCUGGGGGAUAAUAUGUUGUCUUUCCUCCAAGGUUGGAAGAGUGUCCAAUGA